AUGUCCCUUAAAUUGAGUUCAGGUCAUGACAUGCCACUAGUCGGCUUCGGUCUUUGGAAGUUAGAUACGAAAACUGCAGCCGAUCAAGUAUACCACGCUAUUAAAGUGGGCUAUAGGUUAUUCGACGGUGCAACUGACUAUGGUAAUGAUAAGGAAGUCGGCCAGGGUAUUAAGAGAGCAAUUGAUGAAGGAAUUGUCAAGAGAGAAGAUUUGUUUAUUACUUCGAAGUUGUGGAAUAACUACCAUGACCCGAAGAACGUUGGACCUGCUUUGCAGAAGAUUUUGGAUGAUUUACAAUUAGAUUACUUAGACUUGUUUUUAAUCCAUUUCCCAAUUGCAUUCAAGUAUGUUCCUUUUGAGGAGAAGUACCCACCAGGAUUCUACUGUGGUGAUGGCGACAAGUUUCACUAUGAAAAUGUUCCAUUAUUGGAUACAUGGAAGGCAAUGGAGAAAUUAGUCAAAAGCGGUAAGGCCAAGUCGAUUGGAAUUUCAAACUUCAGUGCUGCCUUGAUCUUGGAUCUAUUGAGAGGUGUCGAGAUCAGGCCUGCUGUACUUCAAAUUGAGCACCAUCCAUAUUUGCAACAGAAAACCUUGAUUGAGUAUGCUCAAUUGCAAGGUAUUGCUGUUACUGCCUACUCGUCUUUUGGUCCUCAAUCAUUUUUGGAAUUAAAGGUCAAGAAUGCUGAAGAUGCUCCAACAUUGUUCGAACAUCAGACCAUUAAAUCAAUUGCUGAUAAGCAUAAAAGAACACCUGCUCAAGUCUUAUUGAGAUGGUCUACUCAGAGAGGAAUUGCUGUUAUUCCAAAAUCAAAUAAUCCAGGUAGAUUGAUACAAAACUUAGAGGUGAAUGAUUUUGAGUUAACUAAAGAAGAUCUUGCUGCUAUUGCAAAGUUGGACCAGAACUUAAGAUUCAACGAUCCAUGGACAUGGGAUAAAAUUCCAAUCUUCUACUAG